GCGCUGCGCUGCUCAGCAGCUGCACGCUUCCACGUCCAGUGUUUGACAAACCCUCGUCGGCUUGACUGAGUGAGCAGAACGUGCGCAGCGGUAAUGGCUGCCAGGGAGAGUGAGGAAGACAACAAAUGAACCGCCGAGAAGCGACUCAAAGUGAGGACUAGAAUGGUAAGCAGCCAGCCGAAGUACGAGCUAAUCCAGGAGGUGGGGCGCGGCAGUUACGGCGUGGUCUAUGAAGCAGUGGUGAAGCGAACAGGGGCCCGUGUGGCAGUGAAGAAGAUCCGCUGCCACUCUCCGGAGAAUGUGGAGCUGGCCCUGCGAGAAUUCUGGGCUCUGAGCAGCAUCCAAAGCCAGCACCCCAACGUCAUCCACCUGGAGGAGUGUAUCCUGCAGCGGGACCAGCUGGCCCAGAGGAUGAGCCAUGGCUCCAGCUCCCCUCUCUACCUUGAGCUUGUGGAAACAUCUCUGAAGGGCGAGAUCACCUUCGACCCCUGCUGUGCCUACUACUUAUGGUUCGUCAUGGACUUUUGUGACGGCGGCGACAUGAACGCCUACCUGCUGUCCCGUAAGCCCAGCCGCAAGACCAAUACCAGCUUCAUGCUGCAGCUGGGCAGCGCCUUGGCCUUCCUGCACCGCAACCAGAUCAUACACCGCGACCUCAAACCGGACAACAUCCUCAUCUCGCAGGCGUGCACGCCCGCCGGCUCCUCCGAGCCCACCCUCAAAGUGGCCGACUUCGGCCUGAGCAAAGUCUGCUCUACCUCCGGGCUCAACCCUGAAGAGCCGGCCAGCGUCAACAAGUGCUUCCUGUCCACGGCUUGUGGAACAGACUUCUACAUGGCCCCGGAGGUGUGGGAGGGCCACUACACGGCCAAGGCAGACAUCUUCGCCCUAGGGGUGAUCAUCUGGGCCAUGGUGGAGCGCAUCACCUUUGUGGACGUGGAGACUCAGAAGGAGCUGCUGGGGAGCUACGUGCAGCAGGGCUCAGAGAUUGUUCCUUUAGGGGAGGCGCUGUUAGAAAACCCAAAGAUGGAGCUGCUGAUCCCCGCCAGGAAAAAGAGCAUGAACAGCCACAUGAAGCAGCUGAUCAGGGAGAUGCUGUCGGCCAACCCUCAGGAACGGCCUGACGCUUUUGAACUGGAGCUCAGACUGGUGCGCAUCGCUUGCAGAGAGCUGGACUGGGACACGUGAUGGAAGACACGGACUCCAUCAAGCACAUGAACACAUCUCAUCAGCUGCUGAUCUUCAUUUAAUGGGGAUUGUUUGUAAUUAGAAUAGAAAUGGGUUCUGUCUCGGUUUAAACUUCACCCACUGUCCAAGCACACCGAGCUUCCUGUUAGCUGCGUCUUUAUAUUAAAGGAGAGCUGCAGCUUGGUCUCAGGCCGAUCGCUUCCUCCUCACACAGGAACAACGUGACCCUUCAUCAUCCAAAAACCCGACAGCUUGUUUCCAAAUACCAUCAUGAACUCGGUGCUAAUUGUUACUAAAUGCAAUACGAGACGUCAUCCUGUGAUUUUUACAGCAAACGAUGAUCCAAAGGGCCCAUUUUUAGAACCCAGUCACCUCAAUGUGUGGAAUGUGCUUUGAAGCCAUUUCUGGUUAGACAGAAUCUGCUUUAAAAAAACAGCCUGGUUAUCACCUACAUCCAGAUCGGAGUGUAUUUUGGCAUCAAAAGCAGUUCUGCCCUGAAUGCUCAGGUAAUACAAACAAACAGCAUGAUGGUAUUUGUUGACAAACGUCGGUUUUUGCUCUGAAAAGAUGCCGAACUUGAGUUUUUUUUGUCAGCUGCUGCUUUAUUUUAGUGGGUGGAGGAUGUUUUUAUCAGCAUGUGUCCAGCCAGGAGGGGCUUGACGUUGGCGGUUUUUCCCUUCUGUUCAUUGCAAACUGCAAGAUAAGUCGUCCUGUCCCAGACACACGCCUCACCCAGCUAACCAGAAUGUACCAUGAUAGAGGGAAGAAACGCUUAUCUGCAGCCUUAAACACAAAAACACUGAAUCCACCAGGUUUGUCACAAAUAACACGAUAACAUCGUGUUCACCAAAAGCUCCUUUAAGACACAUAACAUGCAGUACAGCUGCUGUCUGGACACUGAGCCAGCCUGCAGUGUGUGUGGAAGCUGGAGCUGAAUUCACUGGACAGACGUCUUUAAGUCACCUGGCUGCUGCUUUUUCUGGAUGAAGCUGCGAUUGGAAAAUCAGGCUUUUAUUAGAGCAAAGUGACGGCUGCUGAAAGGGACUUAAUGCUCUGAUAAGACAAACAGGAAGAUGUGAAUGAAAGCAGCUUAGCUGGGAAUUAAUGUUUUUACUAGACACGCUUAAGCCAGGAUUGUCCAAAUCCGGUUUUGGACUACCAUGCAGGUUCUGGAUGUUUUUUUAUGGAGAACCGAAAAUGUCAAAAUUGAAAGUAAAUACAGAAAAAAAAAGUCUCAAACUAAUUAACAUGCCAACAAAUUAUACAGAAUAUAAAAAAUUAUUUUUUUUAAAACUUUUUCAGUUUAUUUCCUCCUUUGAUUUAUUUAUUUUUUCUUCUUUUCCUUUAAUUUUAUUUCUCCUUUUAUUCUUCUUUUCAUACAAAAACCGACCUGCAAUGCGACAAUAGGCAAGUAUCAACACGUCUUUAACGACCACUCCCUCAUUUACAUAACGAGACAGAAGCAAGAAAUACACACACAAGUAAAUAUGCUUGGAAAAACAGGAAAAAAUGCUAGAUUGGAAAUAAAUGGUAAAUAAAUAUCACUCAGUUAACAAAAGUGUAAAAUGCUGAAUGGAAAUAAUUUUUGGGAGAAAAAAAUGUAAAAGGAAAUCUGAUUUUAAAAGAAGUAAAGAAAAACAAAGGUGAAAGUUAAAUGGCAGAGAUGUUAUGAAGGUCAAAUAAAACAGCUGAAAUUAUACUAAAACUAUCAAUUUAUCCCACAUUUUAUAAAUAUCCUAGAGGAAAAACAAGAUUUAUGUAUUGUAUAAUUUAUUGGCACAUUAAUUAGUUUUAUGAGCCAUUUUUAUAUUUCUGUAUUUAUUUUGAACUUUGGUGGUUUGGCUCCUCCGUAUGAUCCGGUCUUUAACAGACCUGGAGGAAAAACGUUGGAACCAGAGGUUGUUUUGACUGAAACAUCUAGAACUUGCAGGCUGGUGGUCCUCGACCCAUUUAGGUUCAGUCCAGCAUCCAUGAACUGCUUAGAUGGCGCCAUCUUUCUGAACUUUAAGUUGGUUUUUAAAUCUUUGAACGUUCAUUCAAUCAAGACACAAAAAGCCUCAAAUUUUUGCUGAGUCAUGUUUACAAUCAGUGUAUGGAAUCAAUUCUGACGGCAUACUCGCCAAAAAACAACUUUUUUGUCAACUGACUUUGGGUUAGCACGUUUCAUCGAGGUGAGAUGGAACAAAAUGGAACUUUUAUUGAUCAGCUGUUUAACUCUAUCAUGAAAGGCACUUUAGGACCAAUGUGAGAGGAUGAGAUCAUUUUUAAUCAACGGCUCGCAGCCUCUGAUUGGCUGACACGAUUACAUUAGAAAGCAGAAGGAGCUGUUUUCUUUUGUCCUCCUAACUUGAGCAUCUACUGUAUUUGGCACUGAAUCUGUUUACCUGGUGGGUUUAAUUACGUCUUUUUAGUUAACAGUAAACCUGACAAGUAAUCUGUUUAUCAGAAAGUUCUAUUUACAUAGAAACACGUAGCUAACCCUCCACCUUCUAUUUUAGGACGUUGUUAAGGGUUUAAAACUUCCUGAAGGCAUCCUGCUGCACCUGUACGCACCUGAUCCUGACAUACCAGUCAUCUGAUUCUUGCUUCCUUUCAUAAACAGAAAAUCUCAGGUGAAUCCGCAGCUGAGGUCCAUCCAAACCAGAACCCUUCAGCUCGUACCAAACCUGAACCCAGGCUCAGUUUUGAUUGGCACAUUGUUAUUAGAGCCAAUAAAACAACUGCAAUCCGUAAAGGGAAAGAAUUGUAACGAGGAAGCGCUUCACAUGGCAAUCAGAUGUACUCCUGGUUUGCUUCCCAGCCUUUUUAAUCAUGUAAAGUAUUAGCUGUUUGUGUUGUAGCGCAGCGACGUGAAUAUUCCCAUCUGAGCCUGUGAAUGUGUAAAGAGGGCGGGGGAUGCAUAGAAAGCACUUUCCUUUAUAUUUAUCCCCUCUAACUAGCUGCUGUGUUGAGGAGCUGAGAGGCUGGACUGGGCGGGAAAACUGCUGCUGUUUGUUUACCAGGCUGAGCACAGUGUCAGCCGGAGGUCUUAACUCACGCAUGCAGCACCGCUCACCUGCAGGGAGGAAGACAUCGGCACGCCUUCCUCCUCCCGCCUGAAGAUCUCUGCAGCGUUCAAACAGGAUCCUGUCUCACGGUGUCAGCGCUGUUUCCUUUGCCUCUGAAUUUUCCGGUAAUCGGAUUCUCCAUGCCGGUGACAAGCUAAUUCUAAGCCUAUUAAGUUGCAGAAGUUGGCGGGGAUCAUGCUCGGGACCUCGUCCUCCUUUCACCACGUCUACUUUUACAUAUUUUUUCACAAGAGCCCAGAGAAGCCAAAUAAUCUCGGCUCUUUGCUGCUCUGGAGCUCUGGUUGAAAAAUGAAAUUCUAAACUCUGGAGCGUGACGGCCUCUCCUUCCACUCCCUGCAGUGAUGAGAUUUUCCUUUCUGUUGACACUAGAGUGGCCUCACUUAUUGCACUUGAACACAGAAUUGGCAGAAGUUGUUUGAGACGUUGGAUGAAGCCCCAGCACUGUGCUCUGCCACCAGCAGCAAUACCACAAACAAACCAGUAUUUCCAGUUCCCGUGCCUGCUUUAUUUAUUUUCCUACUGCAGGACGUCUCGUGCUGCUUCACCUGUGGCUUUCUGUGCGCGAGCAGCGAAGUCACCCGUCCCCUCGGAGCUUUAAGCAGAGCAGAGGAUGAUGGGAAGUCAUUUCCCGCCAGAUUUCCUCCACCAGACUGGGAGGAGGAACACACUUGCCAAAUAUAUACUCGGUCUGGGGUUUUAAGAGAUUUCUUCCUCCGAUUUGUUUUCAGUUCCUUUGCACAUGUGUAAAUACUGUAUAGGAUCAACGGGAUGAAUGAGGUGUGAUGUAAAUAUGACUGAGCGUGCUCUGUUUUUAAGAGCCUGAUUGUUGGAUGUAUAAAAUGCUGUGAUGGUUUCAUUGCUCCCUCAGCUUCUUGACUCCGCCUCCGUUUCUGCCAGCCAAUGAAAAGAUGGCGACAUUCUUCUGGGAUAAUCCCGUCUGCGUGCUAGUGAUAAUUGUGUGUUUGUCAUUGACCUGUUUGUUUUUUUGUGUAAACAAAAGCAGUGAGUAAACAAGUCGUCCUUUCUACCAGCAGCUGGAUCAUCGUACACGUCACUGAGCAAAGAAAGACGGGAAAUACGAGGAUGUUCAUUCAGCUUUUUUUCUGUGUGUAAAAAGGAGGAAG